CGGGUUGAGCCUGGGGAGGUGGGAGGAGGCGAUGUUUCCGGCGGUCGUCGGUGUCCUAGGAGGCUGAGGCGAGAGGUAGCUGUCCGGGUGGGAAGCCCGCGCUACCUUCUUCCUCUUCCUCUUCCUCUGGGUGAGGGGAGCGAAGGUUGGGGCCCCGACCCCAUGGACCGGGAGGAGGCGGAGGCCGCCGAGAGUCGGGGCCCCGCUGUGUGGUCCUGAGCCCCGUGUACUGGUUCUGCCUAUCUGGAACACCAUGGGGAAGAGACUGGGAGUCAAGCCAAGCCCUGCUUCCUGGAUUUUAUCAAGAGAUUGUUGGCAGACACCCGUGAGGUGGUUGAGAAGCCUGUACCUGCUUUAUAUCGUUUUCUGCUUCAAUGUUCUGUCACUUUCAACAGAUGCCAGUGGGAGCAGGUGCCAACAGGGGAAGACAGAGUUUGGUGUUGGCCUAAGAUCUGGAGGAGAAAAUCACCUCUGGCUUCAUGAAGGAACUGCUCUCCAGUCAUGUUGGGCCGCCUGUUGUCAGGACUCUGCCUGCCAUGCCUUUUGGUGGCUGGAAGGGAUGUGCAUUCAGGCAAACUGCAGCAGGCCCCAGAGCUGCCAGGCUUUUAAGACAGACUCGUCUAAUUCAAUGCUAGUGUUUUUAAAAAAAUCCCAGAUUGUACAUGGUUUGGGCUUUCCACCUGAGGAUAAUACACCACCUCUUCUGGGGCUAGGUUGGAGCAGAGCAUCUCGGAGGACCAGAGCACCACUGAUACCUGCUGUAUCUUCCAGUGACCAUCAUAUCUUAAUCAGGAAGCUUCAGAAGAGAGAUAGUACCAAGGAAGAAGUGGUUACAACGGUAGCCACACAACAUUUUAUGAAGAAAGACUCCAAGGAGCAAGCUGAUCUGAGUACCAAUGACUCUGCAGAGGCCCAUCAGGCAGUUACAACUUCCAGUCCGUUAUCUAUGAACCUGACUGCAGAGAUUCCUGAUUUGCCAAAGAAUGUAUCAGUCCAGCUUGAGAUUUCAAAGGAUCCUGUUACUGCAUCCAGCACUCAGCAAGUAAAAAGUACUGGGAAAAUCCAGAUUUCUACUCCUGUGCCUGUGGCUCCCUUCUAUACUUAUGCUACCCCUGCCCCCCAGGCUUCUUUCCUGAGCACUUCAGCACCAUACCCAGUUGUAAAAGAAUUGAUUGUGUCUGCUGGAGAGAGUGUGCAAAUGACUCUGCCUAAAAAUGAAGUUCAGUUAAAUGCGUAUGUUCUCCCACAACCAAGCCAAGGAGAAACCUACACCUACGACUGGCAGCUGAUUACUCAUCCUAAAGACUACAGUGGAGAAAUGGAAGGGCAGCAGUACCAGAUCCUCAAAUUAUCCAAGCUCACUCCAGGCCUGUAUGAAUUCAAAGUGAUUGUAAAGGGUCAAAAUUCCUAUGGAGAAGGCUAUGUGAAUGUAACAGUAAAACCAGAGCCCCGUAAGAACCAGCCUCCUGUUGCCAUCGUGUCACCACCGUUCCAGGAGAUCUCUCUGCCAACCACAUCCACAGUCAUUGAUGGCAGCCAAAGCACUGAUGAUGAUAGAAUCGUUCAGUACCAUUGGGAAGAACUAAAAGGACCUCUGAGGGAAGAAAAGAUUUCUGAAGACAAAGCCAUAUUAAAACUAAGUAAGCUCGUUCCUGGGAACUACACUUUCAGCUUGACUGUGGUAGAUUCUGAUGGUGCUACCAACUCUACUACUGCAAGCUUGACCGUCAACAAAGCCGUGGAUUAUCCCCCUGUGGCCAAUGCAGGUCCCAAUCAAGUGAUCACCCUGCCCCAGAACUCCAUCACCCUCUUUGGCAACCAGAGCACUGAUGAUCACGGUAUCACAAGCUAUGAAUGGUCACUCAGCCCACGCAGCAAAGGAAAAGUGGUGGAGAUGCAGGGUGUUAGAACACCAAUCCUGCAGCUCUCUGCAAUGCAAGAAGGAGACUACACUUACCAGCUCACGGUGACCGACACGAUAGGACAGCAGGCCACAGCUCAUGUGACUGUUAUUGUGCAGCCUGAAAACAACAAACCUCCUGAGGCAGACGCAGGCCCUGAUAAAGAGUUGAUCCUGCCCGUAGAUAGCACAACACUGGAUGGUAGUAAAAGCUCAGAUGAUCAGAAAAUUACCUCCUAUCUCUGGGAAAAAACACAGGGACCUGAUGGCGUGCAGCUCGAGAAUGCUAACAGCAGUGUCGCUACUGUGAGUGGGCUGCAAGUGGGGAUUUAUGUGUUCACCUUGACUGUCAAAGACGAGAGGAACCUGCAAAGCCAGAGCUCUGUGAAUGUCAUUGUCAAAGAAGAAAUUAACAAACCACCAAUAGCCAAGAUAACUGGGAAUGUGGUGAUUACAUUGCCCAUGAAUACAGCAGAGCUGGAUGGCUCCAAGUCCUCAGAUGACAAAGGAAUAGUCAGCUACCUCUGGACUCGCGAUGAGGGAAGCCCAGCAGCAGGGGAGGUAUUAAAUCACUCUGACCAUCAUCCUAUCCUCUUUCUUUCCAACCUGGUUGAGGGAACCUACACAUUUCAACUGAAAGUGACUGAUGCAAAGGGUGAGAGUGAUACAGAGCAGACCACUGUGGAGGUGAAGCCUGAUCCCAGGAAAAACAACCUGGUGGAGAUCAUCUUGGAUGUCAACGUCAGUCAGCUAACUGAGAGGCUGAAGGGAAUGUUCAUCCGCCAGAUUGGGGUCCUCCUGGGGGUGCUGGAUUCGGACAUCAUUGUGCAAAAGAUUCAGCCAUACACGGAGCAGAGCACCAAGAUGGUAUUUUUUGUUCAAAAUGAGCCUCCCCAUCAGAUCUUCAAAGGCCAUAAGGUGGCAGCAAUGCUCAAGAAUGAACUGCGGAAGCAAAAGGCUGACUUUCUGAUAUUCGGAGCCCUGGAAAUCAAUACUGUCACCUGUCAGUUGAACUGUUCUGACCAUGGCCACUGUGACUCCUUCACCAAGCGCUGUGUCUGUGACCCUUUUUGGAUGGAGAAUUUCAUCAAGGUGCAGCUGAGGGAUGGAGACAGUAACUGUGAGUGGAGCGUAUUAUAUGUUAUCAUUGCUUCCUUUGUCAUUGUUGUUGCCAUGGGAAUCCUGUCUUGGACCGUGAUCUGUUGUUGUAAGAGGCAAAAAGGAAAACCCAAGAGGAAAAGCAAGUACAAGAUCUUAGAUGCUACUGAUCAGGAGAGCCUGGAGCUGAAACCCAACUCCCGAGCAGGCAUCAAGCAGAAAGGUCCGAUGCUGAGCAGUAGCCUGAUGCACUCUGAGUCAGAACUGGACAGCGAUGAUGCCAUCUUCACGUGGCCAGACCGAGAGAAAGGCAGACUCCUGCAUGGUCAGAAUGGGUCUGUGCCCAAUGGGCAGACCCCACUGAAGGCCAGGAACCCACGGGAGGAGAUCUUGUAGCUACCUGGUCUGUCUACUCAGAGGCAGAGGGUGGACAGUGCCAGGGCUCAGAGCACCGUCGGGUUGGGCUCUCAGACCUCCCAGGUCUGUGGGCAGCUGCUCUCCCAGCACCUGCUGAUCACUCUACCCUAACUUCCCAGCCAGAACUGCAGGUACUUGAAUCCAGAGACAUUCUCCAGGAACCCCUGAAGAAGCUGUGAAUGAAGAGGUUCCUCUUGGAACCUACUGAUAGGCCCCAGAAGAUCCUUACCUCAGGGCCUCUUGUUUUGAAAACUCCUUCCUUGCCCC